CCUUCCAUCUUCCUCGCCAGGUUUCCUUCCCAUUGGGCAUCGCCAACCAUCUUUCUUGUCCAUUAUUCUUUUUUCAACUGGCCUCAUCCCCCCCACUCCCCGUCCCUGCAACCGUAACGGGCCGAGAACCCAUCUGCAUUAGCACUUCUGUGGACGUUUUUACUUUGCAGCCAGCUUGAAACAAUUCCUUGCACUUAUCGUAACUUUGAGCAAAAACUCUUCCUUUCCUUUACAUCUGCAUGAUUCUCCCUUCUGCUGUCUAUUGGAUUGUAGCAGAAAGGGUGGGUAAAAUGUCCGUGCCGGGGCUCCAGGCCCUGCACGCAGGCUAUGCAUUGCUCCAGUUACUUUGUAUAUAUUUUGCGGUGCUGGCCUAUAGACGAUCACGUAAUGGUGCCCCGGGUGCCAUAGUCUUUGCUGUGUUUGCUGGCCUCAAGUGCUUUGAUGAUCUCUUGGUAGUCAUUGGACCUUGGCUUGACGCAUCUCCAACCCAUCACGCCGUUCUUCGAGGAUUGUCGGCCUUUAGCUAUUUUGCUGGAUGCCUUACGCAACCUUCCCUCUUCCUUGUUGCCUACGAACUAUGCCAUACUUUACACGGAGGUCCGAAACGACGCUUGCUAAGCCGCGAUCAAGUGGGUCGAAUCGGGGCCUUAGCACUUACCUGCAGUUUUGCCACGUAUGAGAUCUUGGAUUAUGCUCUCUAUUCCAAAGUGGCCGAUUCGAUUGUGCUCCGGAAGCCCUGGGGUGUUCCCGUGUACGAGGUAGAACGUGGAAUCUUCAGUGCGAGCGUGUAUACCCGGUUCGCGACAUGUCUUAUGCUGUUAGCGGCUGGUGGGUGCCUUUGGGCGCGGACACAUUAUCCAUGGCUGAGUUUAUUACAGUUGGUUGUUUUGUUGGGUCAAGUAGCGACCUUUCAUGCAGCAUCGUACCAAAUCUUUCUCGAUUCUGGCUGGGAUGUUGUAUUCUCUCUCUCUUUAGCAAUGGCACACUUUCACGUCAUGGGUAAUCAAGAGGAAGAGGAAAAGUUUGAGCCGUUGCUGUUUGGCGACGACUCUGCGCGUUGGUAUGGAGCCGUGGAGGUUUGGGCAGACGGACAUCCAGCUUCUUCAUCACCGACACGGUGGAAAGGAAAGGAAGGAAUCGUCAUUGUAUCGCAACCUGAUGGAGGGCAGACGGGCAACCCACCCUAUACGGCAGUUGAGCGAGGCGACAGCGAUCGUACGAUAGCCUGAGGAAAAUCAUCAUAGCUGGGCAUAUUUAUACGGGGUUUAUUGUAUAUUUUAUCUGGACACAUUAUGGGAUCUCGUAAUUUGAAAUACAGACAUAUAAAACUGUAUCUCAAGUCAUAACGG